AUGGACAAGAUCAAAUCGAGUCUAUCUAAAAUGCGUUUCUCUCGAUCUACGGCUGGAAACAAAUUAUCAAAAGCUUUUAGAUUUGAUAAAAACCUAAACGUUUUGAGACAGAGUGAAAUGGGAGAUCCAUUUACGGAUGGACCGGUUUUGGAACAACCGUCUUUACCUAGGACGCAUCUGAUAUUAUAUUGUGCCAGUCUCUUCCUCACCUUUCUGGCAAUAUGUACCAUGGGCGGAGUGGCAGGCUUCCAAGCCAAAUGGUUCAAGAUAUCAGGAGGAGUGGGGUUCACUCUGUUCAUAUUGCUCUUGACCUUCCUCAUGACUUGCUUCUUACUCCUGACGCCAUUGGUAUACGAUAGAUGGGACAAGAUGAAACGACCGGCAAAGUUCCUCGCCGAACCUCGAUCAACACUGAUUCUACAUACGUUCGGCACGGGCUUAGUGCUGCUUGCAGCGAUGAUCACCACUAUCAGUGGAUGGGGUGAUAAGGGUUGCAAAAAUGCCGAUAACGACCCUCACGCAGGCUUAGGGGAUUCGUAUAAGAAAGCUUUGCCUCAAUGGUGCACUACCAAACGUGCCUCUGCUAUAUUCGACUGGCUCGGCCUUGCAAUUUACCUCGCCCUCCUCGUUCUUGCGGGUCUUGCAUUCCGACGAGACAGAUCAUCUACGCGACACCGAGAACCUGCCUUUAUACCUCCCUCCGACACAUAUGGUCCCGGAGUUGGCCCCGCUUCAUACUCCUCUGUUAGACCUGAAGAUGAUCCCUAUGCGGACAAACACGAGUUCUCCCAACUUCCUGGCCAACCUCAAACACGACAGAUGAGCUACCAACCAACCCCAGUGGAUCAAGUACAACAAUCGUACAGCGCGCCUAUACAGGAGAGCUAUGAUCCGCCUGUACCUGUUGCUGAUUAUGGUGGAUCAGUGACAAGACCGAGUGUCGAUACGUAUGGGGGAUAUGAUGGUGAUCUUUCUGGAGGAAUGGGGCAAAGUCGGACGAUGAAAAUGGCCUAUACCGAUCCUUACGCUCAAAUACGUGCAUCCCUCCUCUCUGAACCACCUUCUGGUGGCUACGCUCUACCUCAAGCUCAACCAGGCUACACUUUACCCCAACCACCGACUUACGGCGGAUAUCGAUGA